GUCAGAGUCGGCUCAGCCUGCGCCGGCGAACGUCGCCGCCUCCAGCUCCCGGCGCGGCCCGGCCGCCUCAGCAGACGCCGCCGCGACCUGCCCUGGCAGCCAUGAGGCCCCCCUGGUGUCCCCCGCACACGCCCGCCCUCGCCUCCCCACUGCUGCUUGUCCUCCUGGCGCUGCUGGGAAGAGGGACAGAAGCUGAGGGCCGGGAGGACCCGGAGCUACUGGUGACGGUGCGCGGGGGCCGGCUGCGGGGUAUCCGCCUGAAGGCCCCCGGAGGCCCGGUCUCUGCUUUCCUGGGCAUCCCUUUCGGGGAGCCUCCGGUGGGCCCCCGGCGCUUCCUGCCCCCGGAGCCCAAGCGGCCCUGGUCGGGGGUACUGGACGCCACAUCCUUCCAGAGUGUCUGCUACCAGUAUGUGGAUACCCUGUACCCUGGCUUUGAGGGCACCGAGAUGUGGAACCCCAACCGCGAGCUAAGCGAGGACUGUCUCUACCUCAACGUGUGGACGCCCUACCCCCGGCCUACAGCCCCCGCCCCAGUCCUGGUCUGGAUCUAUGGAGGUGGCUUCUACAGUGGUGCUUCCUCGCUGGACGUGUACGAUGGCCGCUUCUUGGCCCGGGCAGAGGGCACCGUGCUGGUGUCCAUGAACUAUCGGGUGGGCGCCUUUGGCUUCCUGGCCCUGCCGGGCAGCCGGGAAGCCCCGGGCAACGUGGGCCUGCUGGACCAGAGGCUGGCGCUGGAGUGGGUGCAGGAGAAUGUAGCAGCCUUCGGCGGGGACCCCGGGUUGGUGACGCUGUUUGGGGAGAGUGCAGGUGCGGCCUCCGUGGGCCUGCACCUACUGUCCCCACCCAGCCGGGGCCUGUUCCACCGGGCAGUGCUGCAGAGUGGUGCUCCCAAUGGGCCCUGGGCCACGGUGGGUGUAGGCGAGGCCCGCCGCAGGGCCACGCUUCUGGCCCGGCUGGUGGGCUGCCCCCCGGGUGGUGCCGGUGGCAAUGACACAGAGCUGGUGGCUUGCCUACGGACACGGCCAGCCCAGGACCUGGUGGAUCACGAGUGGCAUGUAUUGCCGCAAGAGAGCAUCUUCCGUUUCUCUUUUGUGCCCGUGGUGGAUGGGGACUUCCUCACCGACACUCCCGAGGCCCUCAUCAACGCUGGAGACUUCCAGGGCCUACAGGUGCUGGUGGGUGUGGUGAAGGAUGAGGGCACCUUUUUUCUGGUUUACGGGGCCCCAGGCUUCAGCAAAGACAACGAGUCUCUCAUCAGCCGGGCCCAAUUCCUGGCUGGGGUGCGGGUCGGGGUUCCCCAAGCCAGCGACCUGGCGGCCGAGGCUGUGGUCCUGCAUUACACAGACUGGCUGCACCCCGAGGACCCGGCACGGCUGAGGGAUGCCCUGAGUGACGUGGUGGGCGACCACAACGUAGUGUGCCCCGUGGCCCAGCUGGCUGGGCGCCUGGCCGCCCAGGGUGCCCGGGUAUAUGCCUACGUCUUCGAGCAUCGUGCCUCCACACUCUCCUGGCCCCUCUGGAUGGGCGUGCCCCAUGGCUACGAGAUCGAAUUCAUCUUCGGGCUCCCUCUGGAACCCUCGCUCAACUACACGGCCGAGGAGAGGACCUUUGCCCAGCGGCUGAUGAGAUACUGGGCCAACUUCGCCCGCACCGGGGAUCCUAAUGACCCCCGCGACCUCAAGGCCCCGCAGUGGCCCCCGUACACCGCGGGGGCGCAGCAGUACGUGAGCCUGAACUUGAGGCCCCCAGAAGUGCGGAGGGGACUGCGUGCCCAGGCCUGCGCCUUCUGGAAUCGCUUCCUGCCCAAACUGCUCAGCGCCACCGACACGCUGGAUGAGGCGGAGCGCCAGUGGAAGGCAGAGUUCCACCGCUGGAGCUCCUACAUGAUGCACUGGAAGAACCAGUUCGACCAUUACAGCAAGCAGGACCGCUGCUCCGACCUGUGAGCGGUGCACUCGCCGCCCAACGCGCCUGUACAUACUGUUAUUUAUUGACGGGCUGGGCUCCAACAUGCGCGCCCAGACCCUGCGCCCCCGCCUCCCCCGGGGCUCCCCCGUCCUCUGCAUGUCUCGGGUCGAGCUCCCUCCCCCGCGGUGCCUUCGCCCCUCCUGGGCUGCCAAUAAACUGUUCACAGCCACAA